AUGGCCGUCUAUCCACGUGGAGGAAGCCUGGCCUCGGGCGUGGGUCCGGGUUCCAAACGAGGGGAAGCGGCCGCGGGAGGGCGCGGGGUCACCCACAGGCCCCACGCGCGCUCAGUCCCGCCGCCGGCGGCCGCGGGGGACCGGGCGCCCGGCCGCGGCGGGGAGCGGGAGCCCGCGGGCCUGCGCGGCGAGCUCCGGACCUCCGGGCGCUUCCACUGGGUCGCGAGCUGGGGCGCCUCCCGACCAGGACCUCCAGGCCCGCUUCGCCACACGGAGGGCCGCGCCCGUGUGCGCCGCCCGGCCCGGCGGGCGGCCGGGAAAACCCGCUCCAAAGCUGUGCCGCCUCGGACCCUGGCCCUGGCGGCGCCCGCCUCCAGCACACUGGAACCCGCUAACCUGGGAGGCCAGGACCUGAGCUGCAACCGAGAGCAGGAGGCGCGACGACCUGAGCCACCGAGGCGGCGCCGCGGCGGCAUCUCUCCUGAGCGGCUCGCGACACUUUGCUCAUCUCUCCCACUGGCCGGUGACCAGACGCGAAUGGUCCUCUCCCUGCUCCAGGAGGAGAGAGACGGCGACUGCAUCGAAGUCAGCUUCUGCGAGGCAGGCUGGGAGUCGGGGACAGGUCACUCCUUCUCCCCUCACCCUUCUUGUCUCGGUGAUCCUGAUGGCGUGCGGAGGAAUGGAGACCGGGCAGUGUUCACAACCCCUCUACCACUGGGCUUCCCACCCCAAAUCUGCACCGUAGACCUCCCGCCGCCGGCGGCCGCGGGGGACCGGGCGCCCGGCCGCGGCGGGGAGCGGGAGCCCGCGGGCCUGCGCGGCGAGCUCCGGACCUCCGGGCGCUUCCACUGGGUCGCGAGCUGGGGCGCCUCCCGACCAGGACCUCCAGGCCCGCUUCGCCACACGGAGGGCCGCGCCCGUGUGCGCCGCCCGGCCCGGCGGGCGGCCGGGAAAACCCGCCAGGCCCGCUUCGCCACUCGUAGGGCCGCGCCCGUGUGCGCCGCCCGGCCCGGCGGGCGGCCGGGAAAACCCGCUCCAAAGCUGUGCCGCCUCACGCGAAUGGUCCUCUCCCUGCUCCAGGAGGAGAGAGACGGCGACUGCAUCGAAGUCAGCUUUGUCAGGGCACAGACCGGAAGUCAGGCCUACACGGCCUCGCAAGGACCCCUGCCUCACACCUUGCUAGACUUCUGGCGCCUGGCCUGAGAGUUUGGGGUCAAGGUGAUCCUGAUGGCGUGCGGAGGAAUGGAGACCGGGCAGAAAAGGGAGACAUGGCUGAAUGCAGGCAUCAUACUCAGGACACUUUAGGUCACCUUUCAGAAGGAAUGCCAUUCUGUGUACCAGCUGCAAUAUAUGUCCUGGCCAGGCAGAGGAGUCCCUAGCAAUCCUGAACAUGUGCUCACCAUGGUGAAGGAAGCCCUUCGCCUCCAGGGAUAUGUCCCCAGGCCCCUCUGAAGGGGCCACUGAAGUGCAGGUUGUGGGUGAACAGGCGUCCUGUGCACGGUGGAUUAUGUAAAACAGUUGCUCCUCACUCAGAUGAUCCCACCUAACUGCAGCCUCUUUGACAUGGUCCUGGAGAUGAGGACGCAGCAGCCUGUGGCUGUGCAGACAGAGGAGCAGUACAGGUACAGGAACCUGGUAGCUCACAUGUUCUUCUCAGCACUCCAAACCUCCAGCCCUUACCGGAACUUCAAGGAGAAUUGUGCCCCACUCCACCCUGACACGCUUUCCUUCCAGACUUCCUGGACCCUUCCCCCCAAACCCCAUUACCCCGUGAGGUGCUGGGGACACAGUCAACCUUCCUUGGCAGCGGAGACUUCACCCCUCGUCUCUAAGACUGGCUCUCCAUUUUGGGGCCCACCCUCCCAGCACUUUAGAUGCCACUUCCUCAUUCCUUUAUUCAAACAUUUGCACAGAAAUGACUACCCCGCAGUACCAGUGCCAGGCUGGCCCUUCGCCUUUAUCCCCCUAACCGGCCAGGCUCUCGGGACUCGGUAUCUCCCCGUCUCUCCCCGUCUCUCUGUCUCUCCGUCUCUCUCCCGGCCGGCCUCGGGCGCGAAGGAAGCCGGCGGUUUGCGCGCCGAGAGCGCUCUCCACCCCUCCCUCCCGGGCCCCGCGGCUGCACUUCCUCCCCGCCCGCAGCAGCACCUCGGCGCCGGCCCGGCUCCCGCCAUGGCCGACACGGUCACGUACGCGGUGGUGCAGAAGCGCAGGGCGGCCCCGGGGCCCGGGGCGGGCGCGCCGGGGCGCGGCGCGGAGGAGGCGCCGCUCUACAGCCAGGUGACGCCGCGCGCGCAGCGGCCGCAGGCGCCCGCCGAGGACGCCCGGGGGGCGCCGCCCGGCCGCGGUCCGUCUGACCAGAGGCCCGCCGGGCCUGACGCCUACGAGGACGUGGUGGAUGGAGUUCAGACCAGCGGGCUGGGCUUCAACCUGCGCAUUGGAAGGCCUAAAGGGCCCCGGGACCCCCCUGCUGAGUGGACCCAGGUGUGAGUGCCGCACCCCUGCCCGCCUGUUGCCCCGCAUGGCCCCCUGGACUGCUGACGGCCAUUCUCUGCUGUGUGAAGGGUUGGGAAUGGGAAUGAUGGUCGUGGAUGAAAAUAAAAGUUUCUCAGGGUGGAAAUAUG